GACCAGCUGGGCAACAUAGUGAGACCCCCAUCUCUGCCCGCCCCACCAAAAAAAUUAACUGGGCGUGAUGGUGUGCACCUGUAAUUCCAGCUACCCUGGAGGCCCAGGCAGGAGAAUCGCUUGAGCCCAGGAGGUCCAGGCUGCAGUGAGCCAAGAUUAUGCCACUGCACUCCAGCCUGCUCAACAGAGCAAGACCCUGUCUCAAAAGAAAAAAAGCUAUGGGAGAGCAAUGUAUUCUCUUUUUUUUUGAGAGAAAGUUUUGCUAAUGUUGGGCAGGCCGGAGUGCAAUGUUGUGAUCUUGACUCACCACAAACUCCACCUCCUGGGUUCAAGUAAUUCUCCUGCCUCAGCCUCCCGAGUAGCUGGAAUUAAAGGAGACCACCACCAUGACCAGGUAAUUAUUUGUAUUUUUAGUAGACAUGAGAUGUCACCAUGUUGGCCAGGCUGGGCUCCAGCUUCUGACCUCAGGUGAUUCGCCUGCCUCAGCUUCCCAAAAUACUGGGAUUACAGGCAUAAGCCACCUCGCCCAGCCACCCAUGUAUUCUUGAUUGAAAAAAUUUGCUUAUGUCUUAGUUCUACAACUGACCUUUUUUCAUUGUUUUCAAGGUCAAUAGCUGUGUGUUCACCCUUCUGCAUUUUAUUUUACGUAUUUAUUUGUUUUUUGAGACGAAGUUCACUCUUGUCGCCCAGGCUGGAGUGCAGAGGCAAGAUCUCGGCUCACCACAACUUCUACCUCCCAUGUUUAAGCAAUUCUCCUGCCUUGGCCUCCCAAGUAGCUGGGAUUAUAGGCCUGUAUCACUGACCCCACCUAAUUUUUGUGUUGUUUUUGUUUUUACUUUUUGUUUUUUGAUGGAGUUUUCACUCGUUACCCAGGCUGGAGUGCAAUGGCGCCAUCUCGGCUCACCGCAACCUCCGCCUCCUGGGUUCAGGCAAUUCUCCUGCCUCAGCCUCCUGAGUAGCUGGGACUACAGGCACGCGCCACCAUGCCUAGCUAAUUUUUUGUAUUUUUAGUAGAGACAGGGUUUCACCACGUUGACCAGGAUGGUCUCGAUCUCUUGACCUCGUGAUCCACCCGCCUCAGCCUCCCAAAGUGCUGGGAUUACAGGCGUGAGCCACCGCCCCCAGCCCAGUUUUUGUGUUUUUAGUAGAGACAGAGUUUCACUAUGUUGGUCAGACUGGUGUUGAACUCCUGAUCUCAGGUGAUCUACCCACUUUGGCCUCCCAAAGUGCUGGCAUUAUAAGUGUGAGCCACUGCACCCAGCCUCACACUUCUGCAUUUUAUAAAUGUUGCUGUGACUUUCUUAGAAAGAAGAAUUAAAUGUAGGGAAUUAAUGGCAUCAGAACCUUGCAAAAGAAGUUUCUUUAGCCCAGGUAUGUAAUGGAUGGUUCUCUAAUUUUUAAUGAUUGGGGUGAUAAAGACCAACCCUUCCCAUUAGCCCUUCCAGGCCACCAUGUGAGAAUUCAGGCACACCUUCUCACUCAUCUCAGACUUUUUCAGAGUAACGUGGUGUGAAUGUCUCCCUCUCUGAGCGUCAGUGACUCUCCCUACAACUUGGAGAUGAGAGGCUAGACCAGAAAAGCUCAACCUGAGUGACCCUGGCCCUGGAAAUUUUUGGCAAAAUAGAGUGCGUGUUUGGGUGUGGCUUUUCUUCUGGGACAGGGGAGUGACCAGUUGUAAUUAGAAUUUUCAAUGUCAUGCAAUACCCCAAAAAUUAAAAAAAAAAAAAAGAAGAAGAAGAAUGGAAGAAACAUAGGUGUAGACUCAGAGAUCAUCUUCCAUGGCCCUUCUCUGUAUUAGGAUAUCACAGCUCAAUCUAAAGCAGGUCAUGUCGGUCCCUGGUAGGGAACCCUCUACCGGCUUCCUGCGUUCCCCAGGACAAAAGCCUGACUCCUCCGUGUGGCUCCACAGCCCUGUGUCCAGGGCCCUGGCCCAUGUCCAGCCUCCUCCUGGGAGCCUGCCCUCAUCUCAUGACUCCCUCUGCCCCAGUCACAGUUGCUUAUCAGUCAGUCUCUAUCACGUGACUCAUGUUUUAUUAUCUCUUCAUCAAUCACAUAAAAAUGCUCUUUUUUUUUCUUUUCUAUUUUUGUUUUUGUUUUUUGGAACAGAGUUUCACUUUAUUGUCCAAGCUGUGAGUGUAGUUUCAUGAUCUUGGCUCACUGUAACCUCUGUCUUCUGGGUUCAAGCCAUUCUUGUGCCUCAACCUCCCAAGUAACUGGGAUUACAGUUGUGUGCCACCACACCCAGCUAAUUUUUGUAUUUGUAUUUUAUUUUUUAUAUUUUUGAAAUGGAUGGCCAGGCACUGUGGCUCACACCUAUAAUCCCAGCACUUUGGGAGGCCAAGGCGGGUGGAUCACAAGGUCAAGAGAUCGAGACCAUCCUGGUCAACAUGAUGAAACCCCAUCUCUACUAAAAAUACAAAAAUUAGCUGGGCACGGUGGUGCGCACCUCUAGUCCCAGCUACUCGGGAGGCUGAGGCAGGAGAAUUGCUUGAACCCAGAAGGCGGAGGUUGCGGUGAGCCGAGAUCGUGCCAUUGCACUCCAGUCUGGGUAACAACAGUGAAACUCCUCAAAAAAAGAGAAAUGGAGUUUGGCUCCUGUUGCUCUGGCUGGACUGCAAUGGUGCGAUCUCAGCUCACCACAACCUCUGUGUCCUGAGUUCAGGCGAUUCUCCUACCUCAGCGUUUUGAGUAGCUGGAAUUAAUGGCAUAUGCAACCAUGCCCAGCUAAUUUUUUGUAUUUUUAGUAGAGACAGGGUUUCCCCACAUUGGCCAGGCUGGUUUCAAACUCCUGAUCUCAAGUGAUUAACCCACCUCAGUCUCCCAAAGUUCUGGGAUUACAGGCAUGAGCCACUACGCCCGGCUGAAAUUCAUUAUUUUAUAAAAUUCUUUGUUGUCAUGGGAGAAAAAUGUUUGAAGACUUGGUCCCUGCCUGAUCUGGGUUCCCAGGACCUCUCUGACCUCAUCUCCUGCCUGUGUCCUCCUCACUCCCUCUGCUCCAGCCACACAGGCCUCUUUCCUGUUCCUGGGGCCAAGGUUGCUCCUACCUCAAGGCCCUCACGUGGGCCGUGUCUCUGCUGGAACUCACUGGCCCCGCAAGUGCAGGCACAGGCACACCUCCUUCCCCGGUGUCUGUUCUGAUAUCACCUCUCAGUGGGGACUUCUGUGACCCACCUCCCAGUGAGCACUGCAGCCACACCCUCACCCCACCUCUGGUCCAUAUUGGCUGUUCUGCAUGCUUCUUUUUUAUUCUUCACCUUCCACCGCCUCGGUACUGAUGAUCCAAGGCCCCAGGGGGAGAGCAGAGCCUAAUCGGGGCUGCGCUGGGCUCGCCUCCUCCUCCUCCGAGUGGAUCUCAACUGUGGCUUCACAGUAGAGUGCUGGGGAAUUUACACGAUAUCUUUUAUGCUCCAGAGAUUCUCCUUCACACACUCAGGGUUGAAAGGUUGAAGUACAAUAGCACAAUCUCAGCUCCCUGCAACCUCUGCCUCCCUGGUUCAAGUGAUUCUCCUGCCUCAGCCUUCCAAGAAUCUGGGAUUACAGGACUGUCUUCUAAAGACUCUUGAUACGUGAGGAAGAACCCCGGAAGAAAAAGAGGAAAGCAAAGGAGUCAGGGAUGGCUCUUCCUCAGGGUCUAUUGACAUUCAGGGAUGUGACCAUAGAAUUCUCUCAGGAGGAGUGGAGAUGCCUGGACCCGGCUCAGAGGACUUUAUACAGGGACGUGAUGCUGGAGAACUACAGGAACCUGGUCUCCCUGGAUAUCUCUUCCAAAUACAAGAUGAAGGGGCUCUUGUCAACAGCACAAGGCGAUACAGACGGGUUCCACACAGGGAUAUUAGAUAGACAUGAAAGUCAUCACAUGGGAGAUUUCUGCUUCCAGGAAAUUGACAGAGAUAUUCAUGAUUUUGAGUGUAGAAAUAGCCAUGAGGCGCUCAUGAGAAAAGUUGAAAAGCUUCCUUGUGGUACAGACCAAGAUGACGAAACGCACGCUGGCAACAAGCCUGUUACGGAUCAGCUGGGAUUAAGCUUUCAUUCGCAUUUGCCUGAACUGCACAUAUUUCGGACGGAAGGGAAAUUCGGUAAUCAAGUUGAGAAAUCUAUCAAUGAUGUUUUCUCAGUUUCAGCGCCAGAAAUCAUUUCUUGUAGGCCGCAAACCCAUAUUUCUAAUAAGUAUGACAACUUCCCCCAUUCUUCAUUACUCACACAAAACCCGAAAGUUCAUGUGAGAGAAGUAUCUUUCCAAUGUCAUGAGAAAGAAGCCUCUAACUGUAGCUCUCUCUUGAGGAAACAUCAGAUAAUCCAUUUAGGAGAGAAACAAUAUGAAUGUGAUGUGUGUGGAAAGGCCUUUAAUCAGAAGCCAUACCUUGAAGGCCAUUGUAGAUGUCACACUCGUGAGAAAUCUUACACGUGUAAUGAGUGUGGCAAGAGCUUCAGUCAGAAGUCAACCCUUACACGCCACUCUAGACUUCACACUGGAGAAAAACCUUACAAAUGUAAGGAGUGUGGCAAAGCCUUUUGUCAGAAAUCAUCUUUUGUAUACCAUUGUAGACUUCAUACUGGAGAGAAACUUUACAAAUGUGAAGAAUGUGACAAAGUUUUUAGUCGCAAAUCAGACCUUGAAAAACAUAAAAUAAUUCAUACCGGAGAGAAACCAUACAAAUGUAAGGUGUGUGAUAAGGCUUUUGGGCGUGGUUCACACCUGAUGCAACAUUCUAGAAUUCACACUGGAGAGAAACCUUACAAGUGUAAGGAGUGUGGCAAAGCCUUUCGAGGGCAGUCAACACUUACUUAUCAUCAGUCCACCCAUGGUAUAGGGAAACUUUACAAGUGUAAUGAUUGUCAUCACGUCUUCAGUAACGCUACAACCAUUGCAAGGCAUUGGAGAAUCCAUAAUAAAGAAAGAUCUUACAAGUGUAAUAAAUGUGGCAAGUUUUUCAGACAUCGUUCAUACCUUACAGUUCAUCGGCGAACUCACACUGGAGAGAAACCUUACAAAUGUGAAGAAUGUGAUGCAGUUUUCAGCUGCAAAUCAAACUUUGAAAGACAUAGAAGAAUUCAUACUGGAGAGAAACCUUACAGGUGUAAGGAGUGUGGCAAGACCUUCAGUCAGAUGUCAUCCCUUACAUAUCAUCAUAGAAUUCAUACAGGAGAGAAACCUUACAGAUGUCAUGAGUGUGGCAAGACCUUCCAUCAGAAGUCAUCCCUUACAUGCCACCAUAGACUUCGUAUUGGAGAGAAACCUUACAGGUGUAACGAGUGUGGCAAGACCUUCCGACAUAAUUCAGCCCUUGUAAUUCAUAAGGCAAUUCACACUGGAGAAAAACCUUACAAGUGUAAUGAUUGUGGCAAGGUUUUUAAUCAACAAGCAAACCUUGCCUGUCAUCGUAGAAUUCACACGGGAGAGAAACCUUACAAGUGUAAUGAGUGUGGCAAGACCUUCAGUCAGAAGUCAUCUCUUAUAUGCCACCAUAGACUUCAUACUGGAGAGAAACCUUACGAGUGUAAUGAGUGUGGAAAGACCUUCCGUCACAAUUCAGCCCUUAUAAUUCAUAAGGCAAUUCAUACUGGAGAGAAACCUUACAAGUGUAAUGAAUGUGGCAAGGUUUUUAAUCAACAAGCAAACCUUGCACGUCAUCAUAGGCUUCAUACUGGAGAGAAACCUUAUAUGUGUAAUGAUUGUGGCAAGGUUUUUAAUCAACAAGCACACCUUGCACGUCAUCAUAGGCUUCAUACUGGAGAGAAACCUUACAAAUGUGAAGAAUGUGACAAAGUUUACAGUCGCAAAUCAAGUCUUAAAAGACAUAGGAGAAUUCAUACUGGAGAGGAACCUUACAAAUGUGAAGAAUGUGACAAAGCUUUCAGUCGCAAAUCAAACCUUGAAAGACAUAGAAAAAUUCAUACUGGAGUGAAACCUUACAAAUGUAAGAUUUGUGACAAGGCUUUUGGGCGUGAUUCACACCUGGCAGAACAUACUAAAAUUCACACUGGAGAGAAACCUUACAGGUUUAAUGAGUGUGGCAGAACCUUUAGUGCGCAGUCAACACUUAACACCAUGAAGCAAUCCAUGGUAUAGGGAAACUUUUCUAAUGUAAUGAUUGUCACCCAGUCUUCAAUAACGCUACAACCAAUGUGCAUUCUCCAAUGCAAAUCAUUGGAGAAUCCAUAAUGAAUGGAUUCUUGCAAGUGUAAUCAAUUUCACAAAUGUUUUAGACAUUGUUCAUACCUUUCAGUUCAUUGGCGAACUCAUACUCGAGAUGCCCCUUACAAAUGUCAUAACUGUGGCAAGGUCUUCAGUCAAUUUUCAUCUUAUGCAAAACAGAAAAAUUCAUACAGAAGAGAAACCUCACAAAUGUGAUUAUUGUGGCAAAGUCUUCACUGCACGUUCACACCAUAUUAGAUAUUAGAGAAUCCAUACUGGCAGAAAUCUUACAAAUGUCAUAAGUGUCACAAGGUCUUCAGGCACAGGUCACUGCUUGCAGAACAUUGGAAAAUUCAUUUUUGGCCGGGCAUGGUGGCUCUCGCCUGUAAUCCCAGCACUUUGGGAGGUCGAGGUGGGUGGAUCACGAGGUGAAGACAUCGAGACCAUCCUGGUCAACAUGAAACCCCGUCUCUACUAAACAUACAAAAAAUUAGCUGGGCAUCAUGGUGCGUGCCUGUAAUCCCAGUUACUUAGGGGACUGCGGCAGGAGAAUUGCCUGAACCCAGGAGGUGGAGGUUGCAGUGAGCCGAGAUCAUGCCAUUGCACUCCAGCCUGGGUAACAAGAGCGAAACUCCGUCUCAAAAAGAAAAAAAGAAUUCGUUUUUGAGAUAAUGUUCUUAGAUGCAAUGAGUCUAGCAAAUCAUCAAACAUUAAUUGACAUUAGAGUCAAUUCAGCAUUGACUUGAGUUUGAGUUGACUUAACAUUGAGAGUCAGCAUUAAUUGAUAUGAAAGUGUGUAUGUUAAGAGGAUUGGACUGGGUGGGGUGGCUCACAUCUGUAUUCUUAGCACUUUGGGAGGCAAAGACAGGUACAUCCUGUGUGUUUAGUUUGAGACCAGCCUGGGCAACAGAUGGAAGCCACUUUUCCCAGCCUGUGUUUUGUUUCUUUAGAAAUCUGAUAGAGGUUUUUGUGGGUAUUCUGUUGAAUCCAGAUCACAUUGGGUUUUACAGUCAUUCAAUAAUGUUUCUCCGAUUCAUCAAUAUGGGUUGUAUCUCUAUAUAUGUCUUUAAUCAUUUUGAUGAAUGUUUGUAGAUUUCAUGGUUCAAACUUCUCACCUUCUACAUUUACUCCUAAGUAUUUCUUUAAGUUCUCUAGCAAAUAGAACUGUGUUUUUAAUUUCUUUUAAAAUUGUUUACUGUUUUAUUUAAAUUCAGCAAAUUUGAAGUGCUAAAUUUGUUACACUAAUAUUUAGUGCAAUUACACUAAAUAUGUUUAUUUUACCAAUAAUAUUUUGGUUGAUUCUUUGAGAUUUUCUUUUCUUGCUUUUCUUUUCUUUCUUUUUUUUUUUUUUUUUUUUUAGAGGCAGUGUCAGUCUUGCUGCUCGAGCUGGAGUGCAAUGGUGUGAGCUUGGCUCACUGCAGCCACCGCCUCCUGAGUUAAGUGUUUCUCCUACCUCAGCCUCCUGAGUAACUGGAACUAUGGGUACCCCCUACCACGCCUGCUCCUUUUUUUGUAUUUUAAGUAGAGAUGCGGUUUUACCAUGUUGACCAUGUUGGUUUUGAACUUCUUUUUUUUUUUUUGCCAAUCAGUUUGAGCUUAUGAGGUUGCUCAGGUUAGCCUUGAACUGAUGACCUUGCCUUCGUGAGCACCAUGACCUCCGGCGGGAGCCACUUUGGACCCCGGUUUUAAACUUCUAACUUCAGGUGAUUUUCCCGUUUUAGCCUCCCAUAAUGCUGGGAUCACCGGUAUAAGCCACUGUGCCCAGCGAGUGAUUUUCUACAUAGAAAGUCAUGUCAUCUGCAACCACGCACACAGGCACACGCACACACACACACACACACUUUUUUUCUUUUUUUAAUUGACACAGAGUUUCGAUGUUGUUACCCAGACUGGAGUGCAAUGGCAAGAUAUCGGCUCACUGCAACCUCCGCAUUCUGGGUUCAGGCAAUUCUCCUGCCUCAGCCUCCUGAGUAGCUGGGAUUACAGGCACAUGCCACCAUGCCCAGCUAAUUUUUUAUAUUUUUAGUAGAGACGGGGUUUCACCAUGUUUAACAGGAUGGUCUCGAUUUCUUGACCUCGUGAUCCAUCCACCUUGGCCUCCCAAAGUGCUGGGAGUACAGGCGUGAGCCACCGUGCCCAGCCGAUGUUUCUUGAUCUUUUGAGAUGGUGCGGUUUUUAUCUGUCAUUCUGUGCAAAUGGUAUAUCACAUGGAUUUGAGUACAUUGAACCAUCCUUGCAGCCCAUGAAUAAGUAGAACUUGAAUAUGUACAAUUCCUUUUUGUAUUCCCUUGAAUACAGUUUGCUAGUACAAGGAUCUUCAAGAAGUUCAUGGAAAAAUACAUAAUUAUGAACAAUUUGUGCAUGAAUUUCACACUGGUUGCACCAAAACAGACCAGAAAAAACUUGUUAUAACAUGUCUGAACAGGCUAUAAUUUGAGGCACUCAGAAGGAUAAGACCAGAGUUUGAAAAGAGCCUGUAUGAGGGGAAUACAAAUUAUGCUAAAAUUGAAGCAAGGAGUAACAUUAAGUAUAUGAUACAAUCAGAUGCAGUGGCUCAGGCCUGAAAUUCCAGUGCUGUCAGAGGCUGAGGAAGGUGGUUUCCAUUAGCCUAGGGUUUCAAGACUAGCCUGGGCGACAGGGGGACCUCCUCUCUGCUAAAAAUUUACAAAAAAUUGGCCAAGUGUGGUGGUGCACACCUGUGGUCCCAGCUACUCAGGUUGCUCAAGUGGGAGGAUGGCUUGAACCAGGGAAUUCGACGCUGCAGUGAUUCCUGAUUUCCGCACUGUACUCCAGCUUGGGUGACAGAGCUGGACCCUGUCUCAAGCAAAUAAAUGAGAGGCAUAAUUUCUCCUUUGAAAUUAAAGGAAAAAGUUUUCUUUUGUCGCUUUUCUUAGGAUAUUUAUUAACAACCUUUGUAAAUGCAUUUUCUCUGUCUUCUGAAGUGGUACUUUUCAGACACUAAACGUUUUUUCAGUUUACAAAGGUGAUCUGAGGAUGUCUUCUUAAAGGACUUAGGAGUUCUGUCUUUGAAAUGCAAACAACAAGAAACAUAGUACCUCGCAGGGUGUGGUGGCUCAUGCCUAUAAUCCUUGCUUUUUGGGAGGCCGAGGCGGGUGGAUCACUAGGUCAAGAGAUGGAGACCAUCCUGGUCAUGGUGAAACCCCAUCUCUACUAAAAAUACAACAAAAUUAUCUGGGCGUGGUGGUGCAGCCUGUAGUCCCAGCUGCUCGGGAGGCUGCGGCAGGAGAAUUGCUUGAACGCAGGAGGCAGAGGUUGCGGUGAGCCGAGAUCGCGCCAUUGCACUCCAGCCUGGGUAAUAAGAGUGAAACUCCAUAUGAAAAAAAAAAAAAAACCAAAAACAUAGUACCUCUAUCUCAGUGGUAAAUUAAGUAACUCAAAAUUAGGUUGGGUGUGGUGGCUCACGCCUAUAAUUUCAGUUCUUUGGGAGGCUGAGGUACGGGGAUCACCUGAGGUCAGGGGUUCGAGACCAGUGUGACCAACAGAAUGAAAGCCCAUGUCUACUAGAUACAAAACAUUAGCCUGGUGUGGUGGCGCAUGCGUGUUUUUCCAGUGACUUUGGAGGCUGAGGCAGGAGUAUUGCUUGAACCCAGGAGGCAGAUGUUGCAUUGAGUGGAGAUUGUGCCAUUGCACUCUAGCCUGGGUAACGAGAGUGAAAUUCCAUCUUAAAAAAAAGAACACAGCCGGGCACGGUGGUGCAAGCCUGUAAUCCUAGCACUUUGGGAGGCCGAGGUGGGUGAAUCACGAGGUCAAGACAUGGAGACCAUCCUGGUCAACAUGGUGAAACCCCAUCUCUACUAAAAAUACAAAAAUGAGCUGGGCAUGGGGGUUCCCGCCUGUAAUCCCAGCUACUCGGGAGGCUGAGGCAGGAGAAUUGCCUGAACCCAGGAGGCAAAGGUUGUGGUGAGCCGACAUCGCAACAUUGCACUCCAGUCUGGGUAACAACAGCGAAACUGCAUCUCAAAAAUAAAAAAAAGAGGCAUGGCCCUCCUUUUUCAACAGUGAA